AAUAGAUGGACACAAAACGCCAACGAAAUGAAAAAUGUCUUCGCUGAGGAAAUCCGCAUCGUUUCGGUCGAGAAUCCCCGUACGCCGGACGCGCCUACCGCAUAGACGCUGUACCAGCCCGGACCAGUCGGUGGUAACGAUCGGACACAGCCACGGUUCAGAGUCAUCCAUCGCUACCGGCCCAAACGACGCGGGACCCGGACUGUUUGGGAAGGUGGUUGGCCAGCAGCCAAAAGCUUGGUACGAUCGGAGCCAUUGCUACUCGUCCUCGAGCUAUUCGAGCAGCGACGAAAGCUGCGACUCGGAAGCGGCUCCAUUUCAGCAUCUCCUGAAUCAAUCAUCGGUUGCAACCAGUGCCGGCAGUCCGUAUCAACAGCGAAGGCAGCUACAGGAUCAACAGCAGCAGCAGCAGCCACAACUCGAACAUCCGUACCAUCGGGUACCACCGUUGGGCUAUCGGCACCAGGAGACCGAUCCCUACCAACAGUUUGAGCCGACGUUCCUGCCCCACCAAUCGCUCGGUGCGUCCAGCUGUUUAAGCACCUCAACCGAUGCCAUGAGCCUGGACGGGCUGCUGGAUUGUGUCAGCACGGGCACCUUCUCCUGUCCGCCAUCGCCAAAAUCGAAAUCAUAUUUGGACAAUGGCGACGGAGGUCAGCAGUCGGGCAGCUUUUACGAGUCGCUGGAAGAGUUAAACUACGCACUGAAAACGCUCAUAAUAUCCGACUCGUUCCAAGCGCAACGAAACAUCCGGAAUGCAACCUCUACCAGUACCGCCGGCACCACCGUGUCCCCGUCGGCCGUUGGGUCGGUUUCGCUAGCCGGAACGCUGGAAUGUACGGUCCCGCUUGGUGCAUCGUUUGAAAAGGAGCCGCAGCAGCAGGGAAACAGGCAGGCUAGUGUUGUACGGGUUAGCGAAAAUCUGAGAACACAGGAAUUCGUCGCACCCAAUCUACAGAAGCUUAAGCAUGGGGAGGCUCUGCAGAAGGAACAGCAGCAGCAGCAGCAGCAGGAGGUUGGUGUGGAAGAAGAUGAUGAUCUAAUUAAGCAGAGGAAACUAAGUGAUUGGUAUUACAUCAAGACCGCUCCUUCCAAGAAACCGUCCAGCCCAUUCGAGCGUCGUCGAGCGCACGGAAGCCGGCUAUCGAAUGAGGCAGCGAAGCGUACUGGACGCUUUCCACCGACACUGACGCCUCGGGCCUCAAAUCCGGACAUUGCGGGCGAUGAGCGAUUGCUGAUGAAAGGGACCGCUGACAGUAAGCAGUCCCUCUCCAGACCCUUCCAGGGCGAGGUGAGUGAUCGCAAGUAUCCUUCGCCCGUUCCAAGGCCCCGUCGAUUGCCUCCGUCCAUGCUGAGUACGGAUUCGCGGGAACAGCAGCAAAACUGGGAUCAAGAGACACGUUGGCGUCAUCAGCAUCCGGGAGCGGUCACUAAAUCCGCUUCUUCAUCCAGUGUGAAUCUUGGUGUGCGUGGACAUUUGCAGUCGCCGGGUAGUGGAGGCUCUCGCGGGGCACGACUCCACUCAAACUCGGACCUGCAGCAAGCCGGGACGCGUAAAGCUAUUGCACCUGCACUGCUUCAGGACGACUCGCUCGGAAGUCUCGACGAUAGCUCAUCGCUAGCCGUGCUCGGUGGUUCGCUAGCGUUUGAGCCGUCGGACGAUCGGGACCGAUUUUCGCCCUACUUUCGACGACGCAACCCAAACCAACUCGUACCACAAUGGUUUCCACCUCCGCCACCACCACCGUACCACUAUCCGCACCAGUCCGGGCUGCAUCAGGAGCAGCGGAAUAUUUAUGAGAACUACCCACCAACGGCCAAUCAGUGCGUCGUGAACGAUGACGAAGCAAAAUCGGAAUCCUUGUCACCGACGCCAACAGCACGUGUACGAACCAUGAAUGCCCACUCUAGCGGGCCACACUCCAACCGACCGGCACCAACGCUGUACGGUAUUGAGGAGAACGAAGUGUUCCAGUACAAAGUACCGCUCGCUGCGACAGACAGCGCCAGUGACAGGCGACCACUACCGAGACCCCCGAUUGACUCUGACGAUGAGUUCGAGCAAGGCCAGUGCGGGAUGCAGCCAGAGAAAAAGAGCUCUUUAACGCGGUGCUAUCCGACGAAAUCGCAACCAUCAUCACAUCCGCCACAGUUGCCGUCACAGCCAGCCCAGCAAAAGCUGACGGCACAAACACCUAGCACCACCACACCCGCCCCCUACCGGACGGACUAUGAACUGUCCGGAUCGUACGUAUCGCUCGAGUGCCCAUCGCCGCCAGGUCCACCCGCUUGCGGACCCGAGGGCCGACGGGGCGAUCCGCAGGCUCGCCUUGCGAACUAUCUGCGCACGCUGUACAACGAGCUAGCUUUAAAGGAACCGGUAUUGCCGAGCUGGGUACAUCCGGUAGCACCCGGUGUCCUCUGUCCGGCCCGGCUCGAGCCCGAACUCCGCCUUCACAUACACUCGCACGGUUUGAAUGAAGCGAUCGGUGUCGACCAGAUCCUGACACCGGUCCAAACCAAAGAUGGUCCGUUCCUGGAGGCACCGCGCCGUGUACUGAUCGAGUGUCCACCGUGGGUGACACGUGGUGCACUCGCGCUUCGCAUCCUACACGGCUGGAGCCGUGAGCCACCAUGGCCUCCACGAGGUCAACCCGUAGCGCUGGCCCUUUUCCUACCGCUGGCCGAACUGCGGGGAACGAUUGCAAACUACAUCGGCAAGGAGCUACUGCCACGAGGGCCGCCGAAUCCGUUCGCGAGUGGAUUCGGUGGGUUCAGUGCGGCUUGGAACUCGCUCGAGGCACUCAAGGGCAAACUUUUGAUCGUGCUCGACGGGUACGAUGUGCAGUGUAAAACGCGCAAAAGCAAAACCAUGCCAAAGGACGUGAUCGAUCUGCUGGAGGGUCGACUAUUCCCAGAAGCUCGCGUAAUACUGAUCAGCGUGACGGCGUCCUGCACCGAGCUGCUGCCACUGAUGCAGCGACAUAUCACCUUCGAGGGACUGGUUUGGGGUCGUUCGGUAUCCCUGCUCGGCGGUGGUCAGUGGGGAGCUCCAACGCGACUCAUCGACACCGUGCAAUCCUGCCGACAUUUGCGAAACAUUGCACGAACAACGUUAGGCUGUUUGGCAAUUGCGGCCAUUUAUGAAUCAUCCGGCGGAGAGUUGCCGACCGACGAAUUGGAUGUGAUUGCAUCGCUGUUUAACUGUGUGGCGGCCAACUCUUCUCACACGCAAGUCACCGAACUGGGUCGAUUGGCACUGUUCUGCCUGAAGACGAAACGUUCCACGGUGACAUCAGCCGAGUUGAAAAUGUACUGUUCCUCACCGGAAACGAACAUCGCGGGAUGUCUGGAUCGGGCACAACUGUUUGGCCGCACGGCAAAACGAAAGUCGGAACAAUAUUACACCAUCAUUUGUCCCGGGUUGGCGGAGUUCCUCGCGGCAAACUACAUUGUAUCGUUAGCGAACCGACCUGGUCUGCUGGCGGCGGAAAUUGCCGGAUUGGCUGUGGGUGACGAGGUGGAGCCGGAAAUUCUGAAGGUGCUUAACUUCUCGAUGGCACUGCUAGGAGCUCGUGCGCAUCUUCUCCUAUCCAAGCUAACUCCUUUGUGGCUGAGUCCACAGACGAUCUUUUCACUAGCAUUGGCCGGAGGAGAAACGGAAGCAAACCUGACGGCACUCUGCGAAAUGCUGGGUAUUUCGAAAUCGCCUCCAGUACCACCACUCGAGGCGAAACCGAUCUGGGUGUCGAUCAAGUCAACGCUCUCCGAAUUGCAGGGCUGGGGACUUGCCUUCAAGAGCCCAACCUGUACACUGAAGAACCUUGAGCUGGUGUACCAGAUGGAGAAGAACCUUCUGCUGGAGUCACGCAACGUAAUGGACAUCUUCCUGGAUGCGCUGUCGAAGAAUGAAAGCGUCACUACACUACGCAUCACAUCUCUGAUCGAGAACGAGGUGCGCGAUUCAGACAUUAACUAUCUAGCCAGUUGCAUAUCGAAGGCGUUGCUCAAACCGCGUCUCGAAAGCUUCGAACUUAUCCUUACGCUGCUUGAAGAGGACCCACCCAUCCUGAAGCUGCAGUCCGUAGUAACGGCGCUCUGUCGAACGAUUCCGCGCCAACCGAAGCUUAGCAAUCUUUCGCUCGAUCUUGGUCUCUGUACCUCGCAGCUGGUACAAAUCUGUGCGACGCUCGAGAAGUGUCCGCAUGUCACCCGUCUCUCGUUGCCUCAUUUGCGCUGUGAACGGGGAGCCGUGGGAGCACUUGCCGCAUUGCUCACUGCGCGGCCUCUGUCAUACUUAGGACUUCCCUCGAGCUGGGGUGCCCGUGAUGAUCCUCCGUCAUCCAGCGGUGUUAGCAUGGGAUCUGGAUCGGGUAGCAGUAGCGGUAAUUCGGGCCUCAUCAAACAAUCCUCCCUAACCGGCGCUCCUUCGCCACGUUCAUAUCCGGCCGGUAUCUUCUCGUCGUUGCCGCGAGGUGUUCUUAGCUCUACCGCCAACAUGGGCCGUUCGGCAACACUUCCCCGACAACCGAUGGAAGGGCCACCGGACAAACGUAGCACAGACUCUGUCAUAUCGCGCACCUGGUACCCAACGCCUGCCUGCGAUGGUGGACCGCACAAUUCCGGCACACUGCACGAGCUGCUGCUAGCCGCCCGCGAUACCUACUCCCGACUGCACGGUUUGGAUCUUAGUAAGGCGCAACUCUCGCUCGAAGACUCAAUGUGUCUGGGCGAGACGGUGCGUGUAUCUACGACGCUACACUCGAUCAAGCUCGAAGGUGCGUCUCGGUUGAGUGAAAUCUUACCUACCGUGCUGGGAGCGAGUGAAUCGCCGAGCCUACAGAUGAUGAGCCUCGGAUCACCUCGGAUCGCUCUCGAGGAUGCUGCCGUCGGAAUGUCCGCACGUGCCUUGGGCAGCUGCAUAACACUGCGACUGCUCAGCCUGGACGGUUGGAGCUUUAGGAUAGAGAACGUGGGGACGCUUGCUUCGGUGCGUGGAUUCCUGUCGCUUACGUCAGUCCGUGAGCUGGGGCUCAACAACUGUCGAAUGAACAUGUCCAUGUUUAAGAGCGAUGUGCCGGUACAAUCCGGUGCGUACGAGUGCCGUUCCGUGGUUAACCUGAAGCUGGCCGGUGCACAGAUCAUCUUCUCGGACCAUCUGUCGAUGAAGGGCCCACAUAUGUUGCCGUAUCUGGUGGGUUUUGUGAAUCUAAGAGAAUUGGAUCUUUCUGCCCCAUCAAGGACAGGUUUCGGUAGCACAAGCACAACGCCACUUAUCCUUUCCGAUAAGGAUAUCGUAGGUUUCUUCAACACACUCAACAAUAAUUUCAGCCAUCUAAACACACUGAAGAUGUGCAACUGGAUCAUCCACCUGGACGAGGCCGCCCGAACGCUCAAGUCCGUCGCAAAGCUGCUCAAAUCUAGCCCGCUCAGUCACAUCAAGCUGGACAGUGUCGUCGUGAUGGAUAGACCGAAAAAGCAACGGAUCGAACCACAGUUUCUGCAUGCUUUUCUGGCCAAUUUGCCACUGCUGCGGUGGCUCGGUAUUACGCUGCACGGGCUAAGUGAGGACCAGAUAACGACGCUCGGCAAUUACUGUGCCGAUAUGCGCGGCAUGGAGAUUGAUGUGAGGUUAUCCGACUCGACGAUCGAAAAUGCGCGCCUGAUGACGAGCAGCCUCGGCAUGGACGGUAAAUUUGACAUACGUGUCUCCACGUUCGGCACCUCGAACAGCAUACUGAUCCAUAUCGAGAAAACUUCGACGAAAAGUUUAUCCCGUAAAUAAG